AUGGAGAAACCUGCAAGGUGAAGGCGGAAGAUUCGGCAGGUGCAGUCGGGGCGGGACUACGGUCAGGUCCGCUGCUCCUGGUUCCCUCUCCCGCCGCACAGGACCCUCGCGGGAUGCUUAGUUCUGGGAUGGCUUCUGUGGGAACCCUUAUCCCCUUUUCGUUUCGCCGCCGCCGCCGGCUUCCAUCCUCCGACUUGGGAAGAGGGUGCUGCGAUCGGCCCAGGACCCGGAGUAGAAGCGGGAGCCCCUUUCCCUUCCCCCCUCCAUCUUCAGCAUUGCAGCCUACCGUUUGCCGAGGCGCCGGUUGUGGGCUCCCCCAGCCCCCUAUCGCGCUCGGAAAGCCUCUCUGUUGGAAGCGCGACACGGUCAGGGAGGCCAGCGCUUGCCUUAGCCCCCACCGCGGGGAGACUUCCUGAAGAAGUCAUACCUCUUGGGAGGUCCGAGGGGGUCGUUUCACUGAACGUACUUGCAUAACGACUUGGCUAUUGUAGAACGGCCAAGGCUGGGGACUCGAAGGAAGGGGCCCCUGGGCGUCCCGCUGGGGCCGAGGAACGCUGCGGCCGCGUUCUCAGCCCGAGUCCGAAUCAAACGAUCCGCGCAGAGCAGCGUGGCUUGCCCUCUCCCCUGCCCUGUCUAGCGGCAGGAACUCGAAGGGGCAAACCCCGACUUUUCCCAGAGGUUGGUCCAGAGGCGGGUGAGGACAUUCGAAGGCGAGGACUUCGUAGGCCGGCUUCUUCGGAGAGAAGGGCGGGCUGGCCACACAUUAAAAAGGCGGCGGGGGGGAAGGCCUAACAGAUGCCGGAAUGCCGGGCCCAAAUCUUACUAACCGGCGUUACUUCAGAAAACGUUAAAAGGGCGAGGAGGGGGAAGCGGUCAGACGACCGCGCAUUGCUGUAAGGCGAUUAGAGCCCGAGGUCGCUGAGGCCCCUUCCCGGCAGCAGCACAGAAGGAUCAGCUCCGGAAAAGGGAGGCCCGCGAAGUUGUUCGGCUCCUGUCUUCGAGCCUCAUCUUUCAGGGAGGUCCGCAAGAAUGGCCGGGAGACCGGUGGGGCCCCGCCUCUGGCUCAGAGCAAGACGGCCCCCCACCCCGAGGGAGGGUCUGGAAGCCAGAGCUCCGCCCCGGCUGCUAUAAGGCGCGGGAAGCCGGCGGACUCGCCGUCUAUUGGGGAACGAGCGAUGGCGGCCGAUCGGGUGGGGAGGCGCUUGGGGCGUGCGUCGCCGGCCCGCUCUACCGGCCUCGGAGGUAGCCGCGCGGAACGGACAGCCAGCCCAGGCAUCCAGAGGCGCCACGCGCGGGUCACGGUUAAGUAUGACCGACGGGAGCUGCAGCGGCGCCUUGACACGGAAAAGUGGAUCGACGGCCGGCUGGAGGAGCUGUACCGAGGACGGGAAGACAAGAUGCCAGAUGAAGUCAAUAUUGACGAUCUCCUGGAGAUGGACACAGAUGAGGAAAGGGCAAAGAAAUUACAGGGCACCUUGGAGUCAUGCCACAACAACAUAGAGGACUUCACCAGAGAGUUGCUGGAGAAGCUGAAAGGCCUCCGAACUGAACAUGUUCUGCGUCGGACAAGUCCCAGCAGCCAGAGGAACAUGGAGCAGGGCCUCAAAGUUCCACAGUGACCGUGAUGCUGGCGAGUUGCUGAGCUGCUGGAAGAACUUGCUGCUGUCUCCCUGCCUACACUAGGAUGGACUGGCUCCAUGGUCUGCAGGGCGCUGGCCUCAACCACCUCCACCCUGCUGGGGAGGUCUCCCUGGCCCUUUUGAACUUCUCCCCUUUCUGGUGGAUGAUGGGCUCUGCUGGGCCCCCUCCCCACAAUAAAGUGCUCUGUCCCCCAGAAGCUCAACUGUUGCCUCUGCCAGAGGGGUGGGGGAGAUGGAGCCUUAUGAUGAUUGGGACCCUUGUGGAGGAGAACUUGGCCAGGAUCGGGUUUGCCCCCUGUGAAGCUCUCUGUACAUUUGUGGCCAUCACCCAAAAGCUGCGUCUGUGUUUGCAUGCUCUUGGCUAGGUUUUCUCUGGCUGGGCACAUUUGGCACAGUCUGCCUGAUUGUCCAGGGCCAUGAAAAUUCAGAAAUGGCUUCCUUGGCCAAUCCAUUCCUCAGCAGUCACCCUGUAGCUGGUGGUGAAGGCAACAGGCUAUACUCGUCUCACAGGGGUGAUCCCAGCCAGCCUUUCCCCAUUUCAGAUAACCCCUUCAGUCAGAGGCCUCCUGCCUCCUCCCCUCCCAGCUGGGACCCAGAGGGGGAUUGUUACUUUCUGGGUUAGAAGCUGCUUCAGGAGACCAAGAGCACUUUGCACUUCCUUGCCUGGAGGUCUGCAUGGUCCGCCAGCAGGUGGGGGGAUCCCACAUGUUCAGUCCACCUGCCUGCAACUGGGCCUGUGGCAGCCCACUCAGUCCAGUCCUCCCUCGAGCUUCUGGAUCCCCUAGCAUUAUCUGGCUAUAGAAGGCCUUCUCCCAGGCCCCACAGAUGUCUGUGCGCAUAUGGCUCCCCACGUGCCCACCCUUCUUGCCAUUACUGUCUCUGCGAGUCAAUCUGUGCCAGCUACUGCCUGCCUCAGCCCAAGCAGGGGGGGGGGAAUCCUUUCCCCAGGGAAGAGACUUGCAAAGGGAAGCCAGGCCAGGCCCUCCCUCCUCCCAUGGCUGGUCCAGCAGACACUGAAGCCAGUGCCCUUAUUUGGGAACAGGCAGAAGCUGGAGAGGGGAGGGGCUUGCCAGAGCCCUGGGCGGCCAGCUCAGCUUGGCCCUUCUGGCCUCCUGUGGCCUAGAGAUGCCCGCAGCCUCCUCCCCUCCAAGAAAGGGCUUUUUGUUGGCAUGAGGGGGAGUGCUGGAUAAAGGCAGGAAGGGGAGUGCAGUCUGCAUUGGGGGCUCCUUUUCAGGGGCUGCUCUGGCAAAUGACUUUUUCCUCAAUUCUUCCUCUUCAGAAAGAUUAUUGAAAUUUUGAAAGAGAAAUGCUCCUCCCAUAUAAACCCCCACAGCAUACAAAACACAGCCAUCUACUUAAUGUAUGUUAAAAUGUUAUUCCAAAAAAGAAGCCCAAAUUAGGCACAAAACAUCAAAACUUUAAUCCCAAUCUGUAUAUAAUGUUAAUUGUAUAAUGUGCAAUCCUAAAGUUAACAUUGAAUUAACUCACUUCAUUGUCUUUUACACUUCAUUGUUUUAUAGUGAGGUGAAUUAAUGUUUAGUGUCCAAAUACAAUGAGAUUAAGUUUGUGUGUGUGUGUGUGUAUAAAUACAUUUGGGUCAAACAUCA